GAGCUACUUAGGGCAGAGAAGUCAUGGCUUCUCCGUCCAAAGGCAAUGACCUGUUUUCGUCCGAUGAGGAGGGCCCGGCGAUGGUGGCCGGGCCGGGCCCGGGGCCUGGGGGCGCCGAGGUGAGCGCGGAGGAGCGCCGCGUCAAGGUCUCCAGCUUGCCCUUCAGCGUGGAGGCUCUCAUGUCCGACAAAAAGCCGCCCAAGGAGGCAUCCCCGCUACCGGCCGAGAGCACCGCGGCCGGGGCCACCCUGCGGCCACUGCUGCUGCCGGGACACGGAGCUCGGGAAGCGCACAGCCCCGGGCCGCUGGUCAAACCCUUCGAGACCGCCUCGGUCAAGUCGGAAAAUUCUGAAGACGGAGCGACGUGGAUGCAGGAGCCGGGCAGAUACUCGCCGCCGCCAAGACACCUGAGCCCUACCACCUGCACCUUGAGGAAGCACAAGACCAAUCGGAAGCCUCGCACUCCCUUUACCACGUCCCAGCUCCUGGCGCUGGAGCGCAAGUUCCGCCAGAAACAGUACCUCUCGAUCGCAGAGCGUGCGGAGUUCUCCAGCUCUCUGAACCUCACAGAGACCCAGGUCAAAAUCUGGUUCCAGAACCGAAGGGCCAAGGCAAAAAGACUGCAGGAGGCAGAACUGGAAAAGCUGAAAAUGGCUGCAAAACCUUUGCUGCCCUCUGGCUUCAGUCUCCCUUUCCCCAUCAACUCGCCCCUGCAAGCAGCAUCCCUGUACGGAGCCUCCUACCCUUUCCAUAGACCUGUGCUUCCCAUUCCGCCAGUCGGACUCUAUGCCACUCCAGUUGGAUAUGGCAUGUACCACCUCUCCUAAGGAAGACACACCAACAGACUCCAGGCUGGGGGGGUUUGUCUCAAGGGCUCCCCUCCUCUCCAAGAAGGCAGUCCCAACCUAGCACUCCUGCUCUGCAGACUUGCAUAUAGCACUGGGGUGGCCUGGCCCACAGGGCCAGGUGACAUAGGUCAGUGUUUCUUAGGCAGGAGGCGCCGAGCUCUGUUUUCUUGAUGUAAUCUUCCAGAUGCCCCCUUUCACAAA